AGGCUAGCCGCAAAAUGACUCGCAGUUUGGUGAGGUGACGCAGCGUGAGUCACGGCCCACAAUGGAAAUAGCUACGGCACUUACGUUUGACAGUUCUGAAUCUGAUUCGGAAGAUGAGCUCGUAUCCGAAUUGGUAUUGUUUAUCUCCCAAAUGACCAAAAGAAAGGCAGCAAGAGGUCUGUACUUAAAAAGAAGAAAAAGUCACGGAGAAUUUGCUAUGACCAAAGAAUUUAACGACGAACAAUUUAAAAAUUAUCUUCGGCUAAACCGGGACCAGUUUAUCGAAGUGCAUGAGAUCAUCAAAAAAGAAAUUGACGCAGAAGGAUGUAACGCUACAAGGCCCAUCGGGACGGAAGAGAAACUAAGUGUAUUUCUAAGAUACUUGGCAACAGGAAACAGCUACAGAAGUAUGGCGUACAGCUACAGAAUGGGUGAUCGAACAGUUUCUAACAUUGUGCGAGAGGUAUCUGAAGCAAUUUGGAAGCUGAUGCAACCAAUAUAUUUGCCACAACCAACUGAAGAACAGUGGAAGUCAGUUGCAGAUUCCUUUCAGAGAAAAUGGCAAUUCCCACAUUGCAUUGGAGCCAUUGACGGUAAACAUGUGGUCAUUAAAAAGCCCGGUAAAAGUGGAUCCUCUUAUAUUAAUUAUAAACAUACUUUUUCUAUUGUGCUAAUGGCUGUCGUCGACUCCGAUUAUAAAUUCAUCACCAUUGAUGUAGGGUCACAAGGAAGAUUUAGUGACGGAAAUGUUUUCAGUACAGGCGUUUUGGCAAAGAAAUUGCUGGAUCAUACUCUACAUCUUCCGGCACCUACUGUACUGCCUCCACUUCUGAACUCAAUGCCAUAUGUGUUUGUAGAAGAUGAGGCCUUCCCAUUAUCUGAGAAUUUAAUGCGACCUUAUCCCAAACGAAGUGUCACUGAUAAUUUUGAAAACAAGGUCUUUAAUUACCGACUAUCGCGAGCACGCCAAACGGUUGAAUGCGCUUUUGGUAUACUUGCCUCGCGUUUUCAAGUUUUCCGAACACCUUUUGAAAUUAAAGUAGAAAGCGUGAUUAAUGUUGUUAAGACAGCAUGUGUAUUGCACAAUUAUUUAAGGAAAUAUUCAGUACGUCAAAGUGAAGAGGAAGACAACGAAGAUAUGCCGCAAGAUCAGCUGCUCUCCUUGAAAUCGAGCAAUGCUCGAAUGCAAGAAUGGAGUAAAUCGGCUGGUAAACAGCGGAGAUACGAUUUUUUGAAGUUUUGCGUGUUUUUGGUCGGAGAUAAGGAGACCGCGUGGUUGCCAAAUUCCAAGGGAGCUAUCCGAUAA